AUGGACUUUGACGACCUCGCCGUGGACAACGGGUACCAGCUCGGCGGCGCAGACGACGAACGGGAGCGGGCACAGAAUGCCGCCAUCAUUGAAGAGCUCGAACGCAAGAAGCGUCUCAGAAAGCUGGCCGUUCCAACAGACGACAAGAAGGUCAGGGAGAGGCUCAGGGCGUACGGCGAACCUAUAACGCUGUUUGGUGAAGGGCCGGGGGACAGAAGAGAUCGUCUGAAAUAUGUACAAGAGCAGAUGGAACAGGCAAAGGGCGAAGGCGGCAUGAUCGUGGAUAGCGACGAUGAGAGUAGUGAUUCCGAGGGCGAAGAAGAAGAGUUCUACGAGGGGUCCAAUGACCUUCUCCAAGCCCGGCGCAGGAUGGCAAAGUACUCUAUUCUGAGGGCAAAAGACCGUGUCACUCGGCAGCGUCAGGAAUACAGCUUGCCACUUGGCAAAUUGGUCAACCAUCGUAAAGCAAUCUUUAAAGAUCUCCAAACCUUCAACAAUCUCGGCUCGCAACACGGUGACGAUCGCCCCCUCUCCACCAUCCGCUUCUCCCCCAACUCUCAAUACCUCCUGACCACAUCCUGGACAGGCGCCACCAAAAUAUGGGACAUGCCCAACCUCAAUCCCGUCUCUACCAAACGGGGGCACGAGGAAAAGCUGGGAGGAGCCGCGUGGUAUCCUUUUGCCGGGGUGGAGAAUGGAUGGACGGAUGACAGUCUUGCUUUUGCGACGGGUGGAGGAGAGGGGGAUGUCAAGUUGUGGAGCAUGAACGGGGAAAAGUCGAUCGGGACGCUCAAGGGGCACACUUCCCGAGUCGGGCGGAUGGCAUUCCACCCCUCGGGUGAAUACCUCGCUUCGGCAGGUUUCGACGGCACAUGGCGCUUAUGGGACGCACAAAAACAAAAAGAGUUGAUGAUCCAGGAAGGACACAGUAAGGAGGUGUAUGCCUUGGGUUUCCAAGAUGAUGGAGCGUUGAUUGCGUCCGGUGGUUUCGAUGCGAUAGGAAGAGUGUGGGAUCUGCGUACAGGCCGAACCAUCAUGAUUCUCGAUGGACACGUCAAAGAAUUGCUUGCCAUGGACUUUGCUCCCAACGGGCACGUCCUUUUUUUCUCUCCUCUUCUAGAGCUGACGUUUCUGCGCAGAUACCAAAUAGCAACAGGUUCAGGCGACGAUACCGUCCGUAUCUGGGACCUUCGUGCGCUCAAAACGCAAUACAUUAUCCCCGCCCACAAGUCCAGUGUGUCGGACGUACGAUUCUUCCGAGAUAGCGGGGAGAAAAAGUUGCUGGGCAUGGGACCGGACGGGGAGGGCGUCGAAAAGGGCGGGAAAGAUGUGGUGGAAGGGCCAGCAGAUGGAAUGGACGUGGAUGCGUCCCAUGACCGACCAGAGGCGACCGGGGAAGAUGUCAACCCCUCACGUUCGGGCACAUUCCUUCUCACAGCAGGGUUUGACAAUACUGUCCGUCUAUGGUCGGCAGACGAGUGGAACCUCGUGAGAAACUUGUCGACAGACUCGGGCAAGGUGAUGAGUGCCGAUAUUAGCGGCGAUGGCAAGUUUGUGGCUAGUGCUAGUUAUAGUAGAAGUUUCCAUCUGUUUGGGGGUGAGAAUUCACUGUAG